CGUAAAUUAUCGGAAUGCUAUUCCGACCAUAACUGAUAAAAGCCUCAACCAGGUGUUUAAUCGCGCAGGAAGGUAUUUAUCUAAAUGGUCCCGUGAGGAAUGGGUUGCACGUACAUAAGUAUCUUCAUUAAUGGCAUCUAACGAUUGAUUGAGAGAUACUAUUGACCGACGGCGAGGGAAACGAUGGAAGGAAAAACUCUGGUUGAAAAGUGGUAUGAUGCACACGCUGAAGUCGAGGAGCACCGCUUGGACGAAGGGCGACUCGAGUUCGAAGUGACCAAGCGGACUAUCGAUUCCUGCUUGUCUACGUUGGGCUUGCACCAGGCAAAGAUCUUGGACGUUGGUGGUGGGCCUGGCAGAUAUGCCAUCGCACUAGCAAACCAAGGCCACCAAGUCACCCUGUGUGAUUUGUCAGAGAAGAGCCUGGACAUUGCAAGAAGGAACGCGGAAAAGGAAGACGUCAAACUCAACGCCAUCAUCCACGCAAACGCACUCGAUAUCUCACAACACCCACUCCUCGACGCUGCCAAUGGUUCCUUCGAUGUAGUCCUGUGUCUCGGCCCACUGUACCACCUCACCGCGCCUGCGGAGCGAGCAAGCGUGAUACGAAAUUGUAUCGCAAUGGCCAAACCGGGGGGCUGCAUCCUCCUCGCCUACGUAACGAUAUAUGCGCACCUCCGCGAUGUAGCGCAGCGCGAGCCCUCGCGUCUUGCGCGCGAGUGGCAGUUUUACAGCCAGUAUCUGCAUAGCGGGGCGUACACGAGGAACCCGGCCACGACGUCUUUCCAUGUGGAGCCUGCGGAUCUCUCGGAAGAAUUCGUCGCUUUCCAGGACCAAGUGGGUGUCGAGAGGGUGUUGAGUUGUGAGGGCUUUCUCGGGUCGGGCGGCGCGAAGGGGUUUGCGGCGUUGGAGGAGGUGGAGAUGGAGAGGUGGGUGGAUGUGGUGAUGCUGAGUGCGGAGCGUAAGGAAACGUUGAAUUGUGCGGAUCAUUUGCUUGUGGUGUUGCGUAAGGGGGCUUAGUUGUUCAAUUCUACUAGUAUACUACCUGCUUUGUCUUAGACCAAGAAGGACUUGGGUUUUCCAAUGAGAUGUUGUUGAA